AUGGCGGAUAAGGCAAACGCUUCGAGCGGCUAUGCGCCAGUCAUUUCGGCUCUGGCCACCAUGCAGAGCAAUGCCGGCAAAGAAGAGAAAACCAGUGCACAUGAAUACCUUGAAAAGUUUCAAAAAUCGCUGGAAGCAUGGAACACAACACAUGCAAUAUUACAAGACUCGUCCGCCCCAGCAGAAGCCAGACUAUUUGCUGCGACGACUUUGAAGGGGAAAAUUACCUAUGACCUUCAUCAGCUGCCAGCCGAUGCCCUCACUCCUCUCCGAGACUCGCUCCUUUCUCUGCUUCAACUCUACAUCUCGGGUCCUCGACCCGUUCGGACGCAAUUAUGCGUAUGCCUGGCAAUCCUGGCAAUACAGUUGACAACGUGGAAAGACGUCUUGAGAACAGUGGGAUCAGCUGUUGGCAGCAGUAGUGACGGCGGAGACUGUCUGCUCGAUUUCCUGCGCAUCCUACCAGAAGAAGUCACAGAAGGCCGCAAGAUCAACCUUUCAGAAGAGGAACUUGCCGAUCGGACCAAGGAACUCCUAGAGGACAACUCCGCUCAGGUCUUGAAUCUUUUGGUCUCCUACGCACAGUCAUCAACUCAAGCUGCGCACAAUCCCCACCUGUAUUCUUGCAUCGCAUCAUGGCUUCGAGAGAUCCCCACAAUCGACGUUGUGAACUCGCCUCUCCUCAAUGAAAUCAUUGACGCUCUGCAAGACAGCGAUUCCUUCGAAGCAGCUGUGGAUUGCCUUUGCACCAUGUUCAGGGAUACCCGCGACGUUGACGAAUCACAAAGCGUGAUUCGAAUACUUUAUCCCCGAAUCAUCAAGUUGAGGCCCAUUAUUGCAGAAGCUGCUUCCACGGAAGAUAACGAUCUCAUGAAAGGCAUCACGAGACUUUUUGCAGAGGCCGGCGAGGCUUGGGUUGUACUAAUUGCACGUAUGCCGGAAGAUUUCCGUGAGCUUGUCGAAUGUGUUCUCGAAUGUUGCGUACGCGACAAAGACCGAGAAGCCAUUUCGGUCACAUUUAUUUUCUGGUACGAACUCAAGCAGUCCCUAACUCUCGAAAAAUAUAUGCCUGCUCGAGCCGCCCUUGCGGACCUCUACUCGAAGCUCGUGGAUGUCAUGAUCAAACACCUCGAAUUCCCGACGCCAGAGAACGGUAAUGAGAAGGACCUUUUCGAUGGAGAUCGAGAGGCAGAGGACAAAUUCCGCAGUUUCCGACAUAACAUGGGCGACGUCCUCAAGGACUGCUGUGAAGUCAUUGGAGUCACGCCGUGUCUGACGAAAUCCUUCGCUCUGAUACAGAGUUGGGGUCAAAAAUAUGCCUCGCAGGUGUCGGGCACAACCGUACCACAUUGGCAGGAGCUUGAAGCGCCACUUUUCAGCCUCAGGGCAAUGGGCCGAAUGGUCAGCCCAGAGGAAGAUACUGUACUUCCACAAGUCAUUCCUCUGCUUACCACGGUACCAGAUCAUGAGAAGCUGAAGUUUCAAGCCAUUAUGGCCUUGGCUCGCUACACUGAAUGGACCUCUCAACAUCCGGAAACUCUAGAGGCACAGCUGAAUUAUGUCAUCUCUGGAUUCAGUCACAGCUCCCAGGAGGUUGUGCAGGCAGCAGCGCUGGCCUUCAAGUUCUUGGGGACGGACUGCAACAGCUUGCUGAGCGACCACGUCCCACAGCUUCACAACUUCUAUGAAAGCGUCAUUGACAAGCUCAAAUCGACGAGCCAGGAAGAGGUAACUGAAGGAGUUGCGGCGGUUGUUGCGGCGCAACCAGUUGGGAAAGUUUAUGAGACGAUGAAGAUGUUCUGUGACCCAGUCAUGAGGAGGGUGGUUGCCCUUGCCGCACAGGCAAACGAUGAGAAUGCCGAGAAGACUGUUGCUGACUAUUUAGGGCUUAUGACGGUCUAUUUCGAAUGGGUACAGCCAUAUGUUUCGCCGUCUGAAGAGAACCCAGCAGUCAAAUAUUGCCAAGAAGUACUCCCGGCUCUUUCACAAAUUGCGAAGCACUUCACACGUUCCAUGCCGAUACUGGAGAGGGUGUGUAAGUGCUGGAGGUCCAUGGUAAUAUCUUAUCGGACCGCCACGGCCCCAUUACUGCCCACACUUGCGACCAGUAUCGCUGAAGGCUUCGAAGCAUCGCGACAGGGCUGUUUCCUGUGGGCAACCGACGCAGUCAUUCGAGAGUUCUCGUACGGAGCGGAGUUCGUCGACGAAGCCACAAGCGACAACGUCUAUCAAUUCUUUGCCCAGCAAGCCACAGUCUUCUUCAGGAUUCUCGCCGAACUGCAACCUGUCGAGCUUCCCGAUGUUAUCGAGGACUUUUUCCGCCUGGCCUCUGAUGCUGUUCGGUUCUAUCCUCAGAAGACACUUACUUCGAAUCUUGCUCUCCCGAUGGUCAAUGCAUCGUUAACGGCCCUGACGCUGCAAUCGUUGGAGCCAGUCCAAGCCACAUUGCACUUUUUGAGAGACUUCCUUGAUUUUGGGUUUGAGCAGCCGCCAAUCUCCAAUUUCAACGGGCCUAACGGUGAACCAACAGCCGGAAACCCACCAGAGGUUCAAGCAGCAGUGAGACAAGUAUUGCAUUCUACUGGACAGGAACUUGUGCACCGCGUCUUGACUGGCAUGAUGUUUAGCUUCCCCGAGGAUUGCUUUCCAGAUGCCUCUGGUAUUCUCCUGUCUUUGUUCAACCUGGCACCUCAAGCGGCGGCCCAAUGGGUUCAAGGAACUUUACAGGCUCUGCCUGCGGGCACGCUGAAACCGGCCGAAGCGAACAAGCUGAUGAAAGGCAUUAGCGACAAGCUGCAGCAGAACGAGGCACGAAAGGUGCGUGUGUUGCUUCAAGACUUUACGAAUUCAUACCGGCGCCGGAAUGUGGCGCCGCGUGAAGGAUUGGGCAGGUUGGAAGCGGCAAGGUUCAAGUUCAGCGGCUGA